UAAAACACAAUAGGAGCUAAUGAAUGAAAUAAUUGUGUGCCAUAGUACAUAUUGUGUAUUGAUGUACUUGUUUUAAAAAUACGAUUUAUAUAUGCCAUGAACAUAAUAAAUUAUCAAAAAGGAUCAUUCUGAGCGCAUGCCAAUAUGUAUUUAAUCUAAAAUAGAUAACGUAGUGGAAUGUCUCGGACUAGUUGUGGAGUUUAUAGUAUAAAUUGCUACAAAAUAUUAACGGAUAAUACAAGAAAUUAUUAGCAGGAUUUUAGUUGUGCCAAAAAUGUUGCGGGUGUGCAACUCGGCACACGAGCCUCUACAUACUCCACGCACGCCUAAAUCACCAAAUGCGGAAGUAAUACGUAAACAGAUAGUAGGCAUGAUCCACGAAGAACCUGGCAAGGAAAAUGAUAAGCCUUUGAAAAACCAAAAUCCAUUGAUAUAUCAAAUAAAACGGAAAGGUAACACUGGAACUAUGUUGAAACCUAGUGAUAAAAAUGAACGACAAUUAGAGAGAGUUAAACGAUCUCAUCUCAAGUUUAUAAGAGAAGCAAAUAGCAGUAGGAGUAAGGAAUUCCCAUCAAUUGAAAAUUAUGUCUUGCAUGGGGAAUCAAAAGAUCCUAGCUACGUAUAUAAUGUAGAAAUUGAGGAUCCAGAUAAACGUCACUGGAGUCUGCCUGGGGACCUUAAACAAGAAACAAAAAUUAAAAACGUGAGAUUUCAUAUACAAGAGGAAAACAAAAAGAGCAAAAUGCAAGAGGACUAUGAACCUAAGGAAAGAGAACAUGCUCAAAUAAGUUGUGAAGUGCGCGGUAGUGCUAUUCAGUCCAAUGAAAAGCCUGGAAGAAUGAGCAAACCAAGUCUGAGACAUCGGCGAACUGAGGCAGCAAAACGACAGGCAACAAUUCAUACAUCACUUCAAUUGUUUAAAAGACGAUUGAAAUUAAAUCAUGAUCCAACAUAUUUAACACCAUCCGUAAACACCAAUCAUGAUAAUGAUUAUAUCAUAAGACGAGUUCCCAUUAAAAAUAGUCUAAACGCAAAUAUGGCGGUACCACGUGCUGCCUCGGCACCAAAACCAGUCAUUGAACCGAGAUUAACCGUAAACACUACUCAAAGACCUAAAAGUUCAUUUACACCUUGUUUAAACGCACAAAAGACAUUUUUGAAAGCUAGACCACAAAGUAGUCCUGAUCGCUAUCCGAAUGAAGGUCAUCUUUUGCGACCUCGUUUGCAUGAAAAUUUGCAUAAUAAUGAGAUGAUCUUCUUUCAGGAGGAAGAAGAACAGGAACCGGAAACGAUAGCAAAUGUUGUAAACACUUAUUUUGUAGAACAAGGCAAACCUAAACCUAAGGAAAUUUAUCAGUCUUCCCUCAGUUCGCAUAAUCUCGAUGUACACAAUUCACUAACAUCAUGCCCUGACGCAAGAAUGAAACAUGUGAACAGUAACCAUCAUUUUGACAAUCGUUUUAUGAGAUGGCUUGAGGAAUCGUCUGCAAAUUCAGAGGAGGCUCGCCGAGCAGCAAUGAGAUCACACCCAGAACCAAUAAUUCAGGAAACACCAAAGUCACCAUUACUUCCCCCGGAUCAUAAUGAUACCGAACUGUAAUUGAAAAAUUUGUAAAAAAGAUUAGGUAAACUAACACUAAUGAAAUUUCUCUCUUUAUACAGUUAAAUUGUUUCACUUAAAACACAUAAUUCUGAGUAUUUUACAUAGUACACGAAGUAUUCAAAUUAUUUGGUUCAAAAUAUUAAGAUUUGUCAAAGAAGAGUAAUUGUUAGCGAACCAGAAAAUAAUUUGAAGAAACAUUUGAUAAAUAAUAAUUGAUAAUAAUAAUAAUAAUUCUUUAUUGUCAUAUAAGUAAAAUUGUACUUGUGACAUAAAAGCACCAAUUGGGUUUCAAAUUUAACUGUAGAUGAGGUUUUAUUUAAAUAUGAAAGAUUCACAUAGUUUUAAAAUUUCCACAAAAGGAAUUAUCGCUUUUAAUAUUUAUUUUCUUUCAAAGAUAGGAUGUUAUACAUUUGUAUUUAAGUUAUAACUAUAAUAUUGCAAACAUUUGAGUCAAAAUUGGUGCAUGCAAAAUUAUGUAUUAUAAAAAAUAUUGAUAGCUGUUUCUAGCAGAUGGAAAUGGAAAAAAGGAAUCAUAAGUAAGGGGUUACUUGCUUUAAUUAACGGCAAACUCAAUAGUUUAUUACUUUUCUAAUUAAUUGUUCUUCUGUUUCUAAGUUUAUGUUGAAUUAUGUACAAAAUGUAAUUAAUGAUGUUUUAUUGCAUUUUGACUAACGUGUAUGUCGUGUAAGUGUAACAAUAUGUUUAAAAUACA